GCCUCGUCCAGACGGAGCCCUUUGCCGACAAUAUGCAGUCGAGAACAUUCAUCUUGCUAGGCAAAAAAAAAAAAAAAACAAAUCCUUCGAUGGAGUAUAUAACCAUCAGAGCCCCAGAUGUCACAUCAAUGUUGUCUCUCUCUACCACCUCUUCAUCGCGCCUCCCUCCCAGGUUCAAAGACAUUUCUACAAUCGGUGAAGUGAGAAGUUAAAAGCCCACCACAGCAGCCCAUCAUGUUGUCUCUUGCCGUGACAGCGGCCCUCCUCGGGCUCGCAUCCGCCCAGCAGGUCGGAAAGGAACAGGCCGAGACACACCCCAAGCUGAGCUGGAAGAAGUGCUCGGGCAAGGGCUCGUGCACGGCGACCAACGCCGAGGUGACCAUCGACUCCAACUGGCGAUGGCUGCACACCACCGAGGGCACGGAAAACUGCUACGACGGCAACGAGUGGACGUCUAAGUGCAGCUCCGCCGACGACUGCGCCACCAAGUGCGCCGUCGAGGGCGCCGAGUACAGCAAGACCUACGGCGCCUCCACCAGCGGCGACGCCCUCACCCUCAAGUUCCUCACCAAGCACGAGUACGGCACCAACAUCGGCUCCCGCUUCUACCUCAUGAACGGCGCCGACAAGUACCAGACCUUCAGCCUGCUCGGCAACGAGUUCGCCUUCGACGUCGACCUCUCCACCGUCGACUGCGGCCUUAACGCCGCCCUCUACUUCGUCGCCAUGGAGGAGGACGGCGGCAUGGCCAGCUACCCCAACAACAAGGCCGGCGCCAAGUACGGUACCGGAUACUGCGACGCCCAAUGCGCCCGUGACCUGAAGUUCGUCGGCGGCAAGGCCAACAGCGAGGGCUGGAAGCCGUCCACCAACGAUGCGAACGCCGGUGUUGGCCCCUUCGGUGCCUGCUGUGCCGAGAUCGAUGUCUGGGAAUCCAACUCCCACUCCUUCGCCUUCACCCCCCACCCUUGCACUGACAACGAGUACCACGUCUGCGAGACCGACCAGUGCGGCGGCACCUACUCCGAGGACCGAUUCGCCGGCAAGUGCGACGCCAACGGCUGCGACUACAACCCGUACCGCAUGGGCAACACCGACUUCUACGGCAAGGGCAAGACCGUCGACACCAGCAAGAAGUUCACCGUCGUAACCCAAUUCGAGAGCAACAAACUGACGCAGUUCUUCGUGCAAGACGGCAAGCGCAUCGACAUCCCGGGCCCCAAGAUCGACGGCUUCCCGGCCGAGAGCAACAUCACGCCCGAGUACUGCAAGAACGAGUUCGCCGUCCUCGGCGACCGCGACCGCUUCUCCGAGGUCGGCGGCUUCGACCAGCUCAACACCGCCCUCGGCCUGCCCAUGGUCCUCGUCAUGUCCAUCUGGGACGACCACUACGCCAACAUGCUCUGGCUCGACUCCAGCUACCCCCCCGAGAAGGCCGGCCAGCCCGGCGGCGACCGUGGCGACUGCGCCCCCGACUCCGGUGUCCCCUCCGACGUCGAGGCCACCAUCCCCGAUGCCAAGGUCAUCUGGUCCAACAUCCGCUUCGGCCCCGUUGGUUCCACCGUCGAGGUCUAAAACCCCCUCCCCCCCCCACACUACCCUUCUCAUCACCGUCAUCAUCGGUCCCGCCACCAGGUGUAUGAAAAGAAAAAAAGGCACAGGCUUUAAAAAAAAAAACGGCCCGUAUAUAUUGGACACAUGUAUAUAUUUCUACCCUACCUACCCUUCGUAUAGUAUCAAAGCAAGACUGUUCCUUUUACCCCCGAAGUGUGUAUGUAGCUCUACAGUACUAGGUAGUGUGAGAAACAUCAAUUGAAAAAUUGAAAAGAAAAUUG